GGGGCCUGACCUGCAAUGGCGGCCGCCGAACGCGGCGCCUCGCGGCCAACGGGCGACAACCGAACCUCCCGCCGCCGCCGUCCGCCGCCGCUAACACUGUCUGCGCACUUCCGGCUCCGUGGGGUUGGCGACUACUUCCGGGGUCAAAGCGCGCGCACGUGGUGCGAGGUCGAGGCCGGGUGGGGAGGGGAGCGCACUAUAGUCCGAGACGCUGGGCUGGAGGCCGGAGCCCGGAACCCGGAGGCCGACGGUGGAAUGGGUGAAUUUAAGGUUCAUCGGGUGCGUUUCUUCAACUAUGUCCCUGUGGGGAUCCGAUGUGUGGCGUACAAUCACCAAUCCAACAGACUAGCUGUCUCUCGAGUGGAUGGCACAGUCGAGAUCUACAACCUGGCAGCUAAUAGUUUCCAGGAAAAGUUUUUCCCAGGUCAUGAGGGUCGGGCCACAGAAGCUCUGUGCUGGGCAAAAGGACAGCGACUCUUCAGUGCUGGACUCAAUGGUGACAUUAUUGAGUAUGACUUGGAAAAGAUGAGUGUCAAAUAUUCUGUUGAUGGCUUUGGUGGUCCCAUUUGGAGCAUGGCUGCUGACCCAAGUGGCUCAUACCUUGCGAUAGGCUGUGAGGAUGGGUCUGUGAAGCUAUUCCAAGUCUCCCCAGACAAAAUUCAGCUUGAACGGACUUUAGAACGACAGAAAGGUCGAAUUCUCUCAUUAAGCUGGCACCCAUCUGGUACCCACAUUGCAGUUGGAUCUAUAGACUACAUUGCUGUCCUUGAUGCCAAAUCAGGCAGCACUACCCAGAAGAUGUUAAUGGACAAGAGGCACCCGGGAUCCCAAAGGCGCCGGUGUGUGGUGUGGGGGGUGGCAUUCCUCUCAGACGGGACUGUCGUGAGCACAGACUCAGCUGGGAUGGUUCAGUUCUGGGACUCUGAGACUGGCACCCUGGUGCAGACGCAUCCCCUCACCAGUUCUGAUGUGCUAUCCAUAGCUGUGGCAGAGAAAGAAGACAGCCUGGUGGUGGGCACAGCCGAAGGGACCAUAUUCCAUUUUCAGCUGAUCCCUUCAAGGUCUGAUGGCAAGCAGAGCCAGUGGGUGAGAACAAAGCCAUUCCAGCAUCACACCCAUGAUGUGCGCUCAGUGGCUCACAGCCCAACAGCACUGAUUUCUGGAGGUGUGGAUGCCCACUUAGUGAUUCGACCACUCAUGGAAAAGGUAGAAGUCAAAAAUUAUGAUGCCGCACUACGGAAAAUCACCUUCCCACACCGGCGUCUCAUCUCCUGUGCUAAGAAGAUGCAACUCCUCCUCUUCCAGUUUCCUCAGCGUCUAGAACUUUGGCGAUUGGGAGCCACUGAUGCAGCUGGAAAGAAUGAGGACAUCCUUCCACUCUCUAGAAAUGCAGAACAUUUGCUUCAGCUCAAAAAAAAGGGUCCUGAGAACAUUUGCUGCAGCUGUAUUUCCCCUUGUGGAAGCUGGAUUGCCUAUUCUACAGCUUCUAGGUUUUAUCUCUAUCGGAUGAAUUAUGAAAAUAACAGUGUGAGCAUCAAAAGGGUUUCAAAAUUGCCCAAGUUCCUGAGUUCUGCUUUCCAGAUUUUGUUCUCUGGAGACUCUGCAAUGUUGUAUGUGGCAUCCAAUCAAGGUUCUCUUCAUGUUAUUCAGCUGCUCGAGGGUUCCUUGAAACACCUGCACACCUUUCAGCCACAGUCAGGGACCUCGGAGGCCAUAUCCCUGUUGGCAGUGAGCCCAGAUGGGAAUUGGUUGGCUGCAGCAGGCAUGAGCAGUGGAGUCAGUAUCUACAAUUUGAAGCAUCUUAAGCCUCACUGCAUGGUGCCUGCUUAUAACUUCCCUGUAACAGCCCUAGCCAUCGCUCCCAACACCAACAACCUUGUGAUUGCCCACUCAGACCAACAGGUCUUUGAAUUCAGCAUCCCACAAAAACAGUACACAGAUUGGAGCAGGAAAGUACAGAAACAUGGGCUUCACUACCUCUGGCUGGAAAGGGAUACACCAAUCACACACAUCACUUUUCAUCCCAAGAGGCCUACACAUAUCCUCCUUCAUGACACCUACAUGUUCUGCAUCAUCGAUAAGUCCAUGCCACUUCCAGAUGAUAAAACUCCCUUAUUCAAUCAACUUUCCUUAAGGGAGGCAUCUGAAAACGUUAGAAGACGCCAUGCCCAUGCCUUCAAAAUCUCUAAAAAAUUUCAGCCUCUCCUCUUCAUGGACCUAUUGGAUGAAGGCACAUUGGUGGCAGUAGAACGGCCUUUGGAAGACAUCAUUGCUCAGCUUCCACCACCCAUCAAACGAAAGAAAUUUGGGACUUAAUUGGAGUUGUAUGUCUCCUUCCCUGGACUGGCUGACUUGUUUUUUUUGUCCCCUAGAAAUCAUGAUAAUAAAACAGUUAUUCUUUAGGGCUAUGCCAUCAUGUUAUUUGCCCUCGUUUCUUAGCUGCCUGAAGACAGGGUCAAGACUUGUACCUGGAGCCCUGGGUCACGACCAGUCAAUUUGCUGCAGUGCAGUGGAACUGAACAGAGAUCCAAACAAGAUAUCUGUGGUCGUGAUGAAGUACCAAAGAGCCAUGAAACACUUGUCUUCCCGUCAGAAAAGAGGUGACAGCUGCCUCUGCCCUUAAAUAAAGUUCGAGACUGCAGA